GUGAAGUUUUGAAAAAUGAAAAUUUUGGAAAGUUUUUAAAAUAUGGUUUUGUAAAUAUUGCGUGCUUUACAAAAAGUAUUGCUCUAUAGUUCUUUUUAUAAAUUAAAAUGGAGAGUUCAUUUUUUGAGUACCGUGACGAUACUAUUGACGGCAGUGGUGAUAACAGUGAAAUUAUCGAUGAUAGCUAUUUGGACGAAUCGUUUGCUCCUAAGAAAACUCCUGCUAAGAAAAAUAAUACAGCUUACAUACCAGAAUCUGAUGAUGAUAUAUCUGGAGAAGACUCGGCUGAAGAACAGAAGGAAUUACCCAAAUCAAAAUGUCAAAGGAGCAACGUGAAUAAACCAUUGGUUUUGUCUGGCAGUGAUGAUGAUAAUGAAAAGAGACAUAGUAUGAGGCGACAUGGUAACUUCACUACAGAGAAGAUUGUUACCAGUUCAUCAGAAGAGGAAGAAACAGGUCCAGUUUCUCCGGAGAUGGUACCACGAAGGCGACCUAUGACAAAACCUCGGAGGUCUACAGAAGAAUCUUUCAUAGGGCGAAAAAAUAAAAAACGCAUAAUGCUUAUUGAAUCAGACACAGACAAUUCAAUUUUAAUUGAACAUAAUAAAAAUAGAAAGCUUAAGUGUUUGCAAGAUACACCCAUUAAAAUCGACUCUGGAACUAAUAUGUUAAAGGACAUUAAAAAUAUGAGCAUUGAAAGUGAUCUCAGCCAGUCAACGGAUGAAGAAAUAAGUUACAUUCAAUCAGACAAUACAAAUGAUGGUGAUAAUGAUAGUCAUGUAGACAAAAAUAAAAAACAAGAAAAAGAUAAAAUAGGAAAUGUUACAAAAGACAAAGUUGAAAACCCUGAAGUUACAGAAAAGCAUGAAGUCACAGAUGAUGAGUGUACAGACAACGUUAAUAGAUCAAGUGAUGAAAAUCAUAUUGAUGUAACUGAUGAAGAACAUGAUGAGGAGGAGGAGAUGGUCAUGUGUAGAGCAACCAGAAUGAGCAUCAUGGGUAUUAUACCAAAAGAAAACGAAAGUGACGAUUCUGAUUAUAUACAAUCAGAGGCAUCAGGACGUACAUCCCAUGGUGGAUCAGAAACGAGUUUGCCUGAAGUGACUUUAAAAUCACCAGAGAAGGUUAUUAAGGAUAUCAGACGUAGUACUGAAAAACAAAUUAGCGUAACUGAUGGUGAACAUGAAGAAAAUGCUAAGGCUAUGUCAAAUGCAAUCCGUUUGAGCAUCAUGGGUGUGGUACCUAAAGAUAGUGAUUUCAUACAGUCAGAGGCAUUAGGUUGUCCACUCCAUGGUACAUCAGAAACGGAUCUACCAGAGGUAUCUCUUAAAUCACCAGAAAGGCUGUUGGAUGAUAGCAAUUCUUCGAGAAUAUCUUGCUCUCCCUUCAACAGCCCCUUUCGAGACGUCACAAAUACUGAACCUGAAUCAGAGAAACCUGAGGAUGUGUGUGACCUUACUCACUUUGACUCACCAGAACUUAAAGGGCCAAAUAAAGAAAAUAACUCAAAUUCCAAUAAAAAACAACUGGAGAAUGAUGUGUACGAUUUAACACGUUCAGAUACUUACGAUAUUCAGAGUAAAGUGAAGAGUAGGUUAAGUAAGGUCAGCAAUGUUAGGAAUUUAAGUGAGGAAGUAAUAGAUGAUGAUAUAAAAAUCAUUGACCAAAAGCCCGAGGUGAUUGCACUGAGCAGCGAUGAUGAAGAGGAUAUACAAAUAAAGAAGUCUAAUAAUCCCAAAAAGUCUCCAAAUCCAAAGAAAUUGGUAAAAGAUGAGCCAGUUAAGCAAGAUAGUACAAUCAAGCAAUACUUUGUGCCCACCAGCUAUCCAAACCAAGUGGUGUAUGUUAAAAAACAUGUGAGAGAGAAUGAACUCAACAAACUAAAUGGACUCAAAGAAGAUUUGCAAAAUAUACGGUACCUGUUGAGCAACAUGGACGUGGACACCCUGCCGGACGGCGGGGUCAAGCUGAUCGAGCGGCUGACAGAGCUGGAGGAGCAGGUGCGGGCGCAGGGGGACAAGGUCGCCAACAUGAUCGUCGAGCCGGACACUGUCACGCCGGACGUGAUAGCGAAUGACGGCUUCGGGAAGGACAUCAAGGGUCUCUCUUGGGAAGAAAUCCAAAAAGCCAGCAAUGCAGUGCAACCGAGAAUGUUCGGAAAACAGGCGAUGUCGACGCACAUGGCGGAGCGGGAGGUCAUCCUGUCGCGGCUGCGCAACCUGCACGAGUCGCUGAAGACGCGGCCGGAGGAGGGCGCGCUGGCGGUGCAGCCCGCGGCGCUGCGCUCCGAGCUCAUGCAGCACCAGCGGCACGCGCUCGCCUGGCUGCGCUGGCGCGAGACGCAGAGCCCGCCCGGCGGCCUGCUCGCGGAUGACAUGGGUCUGGGCAAAACACUCACUAUGAUAUCACUGAUCGCGAGCGACAAGGAGAAAAUACAAGAUGAUGAUGACGACGACCAGGUUAACAAAAAAUUGGUGCGCGGAGGCACGCUGGUGGUAUGCCCCGCCUCCCUGGUGACGCAGUGGGCGGCCGAGGUGUCGACGCACUGCGCGGCGCACGCGCUGUCCGUGUGCGCGCACCACGGCGCCGCGCGCGCCACGCAGCCGCACCGCCUAGCGCCGUACGACGUUGUCAUCACCACGUAUAAUAUCCUGCAGCGGGAGGCUGAAAAGAACGGCGUGCUAACGCGCGUCGCAUGGCGUCGCGUGAUCCUGGACGAGGCGCACGUGGUGCGUAACCACAAGGCGGCGACGUCGCUGGCGGUGUGCGGGCUGCGCGCGCGCCGCCGCUGGGCGCUCACCGGCACGCCGCUACACAACAAGGACCUCGAUCUGUUCGCGCUGCUCAAGUUCCUGAGAUGUACGCCGUUCGAUGAGCUGCCAAUGUGGAAGAAGUGGAUCGACAAUAAGAGCGCGGGCGGUCAGGAGCGGCUGACGACGAUCAUGCAGUGCGUGAUGCUGCGCCGGACCAAGCUGCAGCUGCAGGAGAUGGGCCAGCUCGCCUGUCUCCCGGAUAGAGACACCAUAGACAAGGACGUCACGUUAGACAAGGAGGAGAUGAACGUGUAUCAGAAGGUGCUAGUGUUCUCGAAGACCCUGUUCGCGCAGUUCCUGCACCAGCGCGCGGAGCGGCAGGCGGAGGCGUACGGCGUCACACGACCCAGCAGAAACGAAGCCUACGAUAAAAUGCACAAGAAAAUGAUCGCGCUACAGGGUGCCAAGCCGGUAAAAUCCCACGAGAUUCUGGUGCUGCUGCUGCGGCUGCGGCAGGUGUGCUGCCACUGCGGCCUCAUCGCCGCCAUGUUGGACGACAGCGAGGACGUGCGCGAGGACUUGGGCAGCAAGGACCUGCUCGCCGAGCUCAACAAGUUGUCACUGGAAGAUGGGGAUAAGAGGAAGAGCGUCGGUAUCGACGGGGACGAAGAGGAGGAGGGCGGGGAGGGUGGGGAGGGCACGAGCGUGGCGGAGGCGAUCCGCUCGGUGCUGUCGCCGCACAAUCCCGUGUUCGACCUGCUCAAACAGUCCUCCAAGAUCCGCGCCGUCAUGGCCUGCCUCAACGAGCACGUGUUCAGCAAACCCGGCGAGAAGGCGGUGGUGGUAUCACAAUGGACGUCGGUCCUGUCACUUGUUGAGCGGGAACUAAAGCGGGAGAACGUCAAGUGUGUGACGCUGAGCGGCGCCGUGCCCGUCACCAAGCGGAACGCGCUCGUCACCGCACUCAACGACCCCAACUCCAACACUAGGGUGAUGCUGCUGUCGCUGUGCGCGGGCGGCGUGGGGCUGAACCUGUGUGGCGCGAACCACCUGCUGCUGCUCGAUCCGCACUGGAACCCGCAGCUCGAGCAGCAGGCGCAGGACCGCGUCUACCGCGUCGGACAGAAGCGGCCCGUCACCAUAUACAGAUUCAUGUGCUUGGACACGGUGGAGCAGUCGAUCCGUCAGCUGCAGCGCGCCAAGCUGGACAUGGCGGACAGCGUGCUCACCGGGGCACGCCCGCACGCCUCCAAGCUUACCAUCGAGGACCUGCGUAUGCUCUUCAACAUGGGACCCCAAGGGACAUAAUCUCGACGCAAAGAGGCUAUACUUCUAUCAUAGGCUACCGAGAAAUGAUCCCCUGGCUGCGUAUACUCUUCAACAUGGGACUCCAGGGGACAUAAUCUCGACUCAAAGGGGGCAUAUUUACAUCAUAGAUUACCGAUAAACAGUCCCCUGGCUGCGUAUACUCUUUAACAUGGGACUCCAGGGGACAUAAUCUCGACUCAAAAGGGUCAUACUUAUAUCAUAGACUACCGAGAAACAGUCCCCUGGCUGCGUAUGGGCCAGGCCACAACACUGCGUUGCAGCGUCGCAUCGCAAAAACAAAAUCGCACAGAAAGGCGAUGCCAUGUGACAACGCAAAAAUUUCAUCGGAAAUGUCGAUGACCGGAGCUAUACCAGAGUAUGAGGCUCUAGGGUCACUUACAUUAUUACACCAAAGCAAUGAGUAUAGCGUCCUAACCUUACUAUAAACGGAAAUGUCUAACUAUAGUACUAAGAGACUUGUUCAGAACUCUCUAGAAUUAUAUGAAGAUAAAUCGCGCCUAGAUAUCAGUAAAGUUUAGGUAUUUACUCAUUUUAUGUGAUACGAAUGCAACUAGAUUAGACGCUAUCGGAAAAGCGACAGUGUCAAAAACAUAAAUAGUAUUUUCAUAAACUUUUCC